GGCAGAGGAAAGUCCACGCCCCUGGUCGCCCGGGCGUGGGUGCCUGUGGCCUCGGCAGAGCUCUGGCUGCUGUGCGCUGGCGGAGGUGUGGUCCGUGGCGGGGAUGGGGAUCACGGUGGACGUGCACCAGGUGUACAAGUACCCCUUCGAGCAGGUGGUCGCCAGCUUCCUCCGAAAGUAUCCAAACCCCAUGGAUAAAAAUGUCAUCUCUGUAAAAAUCGUGGAGGAAAAAAUAGAUGAAUCAACAGGAAUCAUCUAUAGAAAGAGGAUUGCAAUCUGCCAGAAUGUGAUUCCAGAAAUUUUAAGAAAGGUGAGCAUUUUAAAGGUCCCUAGUAUCCAGUUAGAAGAGGAAUCGUGGCUCAACCCUCAGGGAAGAAACAUGGCUAUUCAGAGUCACUGCCUUACGUGGACACAGUAUGCAUCCAUGAAGGAGGAGUCUGUCUUCCGGGAAAGUGUGGAGAAUCCAAAUUGGACAGAAUUCAUUCAGAGAGGCAGGAUUUCAAUCACAGGGGCUGGAUUUCUCAACUGUAUUUUGGAAACUUUUGCUGGCACAUUCUUAAGACAGGGGGCACAGAAGGGAAUUAGAAUAAUGGAGAUGCUGCUAAAGGAACAGUGUGGUGCCCCCUUAGCUGAAUAAGGAAUCAUCAGGGAGCCGUGUCCAAGUGGGCUUCUUUCCAAUAAUAACUUCUUGGCCACAACGCAUCGUAGGCACAGUUCCUGGAAUACAGGUUUGAGGAUACAGUAUUGGCAGAAUAAAGAAGAGGAGACAUCCUUGCCAGGACAUAAAACGAUACCCUCCCCUUGGAGCCUGCUUCAAAUAGUGGGACUCAUGGAGAUGAGACCAUCUAGCUGGAUUUUUAUGAACAGUCUCUUUAUGAUUUUAUAAAUAAAGAAAAAGAUCCAUGUGAGAUGACAUCCACUCUUCCUCAGGAUGUCCUGCUACUUGUUUGUGAUGGCACCAGGGCAGUCAAAGGCCUGGGGCGGUGGUGCUUGUACCCAUAUUUUAACAGCAUGAUUGUUCAUGGGAUUCAUGAGUGGAUUCUGGAACAUAUAAAGUCGUUGACUCGAUUACCUGUUCUAGGGGGCUUGAAACAGGCAUGUGCCAGACCUGUGCUGAAGCUAAGCCAUAUGUAUACCAAUGUUUAAGAUUUUCAGAAAUCAAAGACUUUUGAUGCAUAAGCACUGUUAGCAUAGCUUUCAUAAUGUAGCAUGAACUGACUGUGCUUGGUGCUCUAGAAGAACAUGGAAUGGAUGGUGGAAGGCAGGUUCUGGUCAUGACUCCCAGUAACUCAUCCUGUGAUAUGGAGCAAGUCAUUCAGCUCUGCUUUUUUCUUUUUUUUUACUGGAAGAGUGGGGACAAUCAGGCACAGGUCUUUUGCCUCUGGGUUGUGAUGACUAACAAGAUAGUUUAAUUUGAAGAACACAAAUUUGGGAGUCAGAUAGAUAGACAUGGAUUUGAACACAAACCCGUCUACUAGUUCAUUGAUCACAUUCAUAAAAAUCUUCCUGAAGCUCAUUUUUUCACGAUUUAUAAAAUGAGGUGAUGAGAUGAACUCUGAGGUUUUUGAACUGCUUUGAGAUCACGAAUAUAAAAUGCUCAUCAUGUGGCUUGAUGCCCGGAAACCCAGUAAAUAGAAGCCAUUAUUAUGUAAAACCAUUUGAACAUAUAGUUUUCAACUGUAAUGUCAGGGAGUAUUUGUUUGAAAAUUAGAUGACAGUAGCUUGCCUUUCUCAUGAUGAGAAGCCGAAAUAUGAAAGUAUGCUACCUAACAGAGAGCUUGAAGAGAGGCAAUGAUUUGGAAUUCAUCUUAAGAUAAAAAUUGGGCCAUUACUGGAAAUUCUUGGGGAGAUUGUUCUUUUUUUAAUAUUUGAAAGAUUUCCACUUAGUGCCUUGAUGAAUUUCAGAGCAAUUCUACUUUCUCAUACAAGCCUGCCACGGUGAGCCUCCUCUCCUGUACUUGAGCUGUUUGUGCUGCUUGAGUCUUGUCUCCUGGGAUAAUUUCUCUUCCAUCUCCUCAGUGUUUUAUUCAGUUCUGUUGGAGGGAAAAUGAAUGGUAGAAACCAGAACACAUUUUGACCUUCUCUUCCAUUUAGUAGGGUUUUGGAAUAAUAGCCCCUUUCCAAAAGUAGGAGGUGAUAUAAAUUGUUGAAGGUGAAAGGCAAAAAUUUUUAUUUGGAGAUUGAUGUUGGGUAUAAGCUUAACCUUUCCUACUGAACAAUGUGCAUCCUCUGCAGGCCAGAGUUCUCAGCCUUGGCUGUCCAUUCGGGUCACUUGGGGAAGGCAAUGCCGUCCUGAUGACCUGGGCUGCACCUAGAUCAAGAAAUCAGGACCUCUGGAGGUGGAACCCAGGCAUCAGUGUUUUCAGAAGUUCCCCAUGUGAUUCCAGUGGGCAUCUAAUUUUAGACAUUUAUCUGAUUUCUUUCAUAAUGUGUCAGAGGUAGGAAAGGAUCUCUGUAACAGGGACUUUUACUAGAAGCAGAGUGUAGCAGAGAGAGGCUGAAUUGGUGCCUUGGUUCCCUGUAGCUGGGGUGGCCAGUGCCAAUGUGAGCAGCGACCUGGCAGCUGGUCUGAAGAGUGAAGCAGGUAGCUGCUGUCGAGGUCCAGGGAGCGCAUGUCUGGUUGAGAGUAAGCAGCUGCUGUCCAGCACCAGCAUAGUGUAGCAGUGUGGCUGUUUUUUCUAUUUUAUUUUCAAUUUUCCAGGAAAAGGAAAAAAAAUAAAAAGAGAUCUCUUAAUUUUCAUGUUGCAAAAAUUUCAGAAUUGCUUAAAGUCUCUUCUAGCCAAAUAGGUUUGCCAGCCAGUACUUUUCAGCCUGUGUUUGUAGGGUGUUAAGGAUUGGCCUGCACAUCCCAGCCAAUUUUUAAUAGAUUUGCAUGUUUGUAUUCUGGACAUAAAAUGCAUCCUGCCUUUCCUCCAAGAUUGCUUUUGGAUGCAUUUUUCUUCCUCGUUCCACAGUAAUCCUCUGGACCUGCAUCAAACACUUUUCCUCACUCAGUAUUUUUCCCCUACAGGCAUCUUUUACUUCAAGCUUCAUAUACAUGGUUUUCAAAAACUUACGGAGUUUUCAGAAUUAAUUAAGGUUUUUUAGAUUCAUUUAACUUAUAUGCAUAUUAUAGAAUCCCAUCUUUUACUUUGUCAUCUGAUAUGUAGUGUAAGAAAUGUCAAAGCUAGGAUUGCUGCUUUGAUGGACACACUAGGAACAAGAGUGGGAAGGGUAAAUUCACAGACCUGGCUGGUCUCCUCCUGACGGGGCCAGUGAGCCUGCCCUUCAAAGAGAGGAUGUACCAGACACCCCUGGAGGGGUGUAUUGACCUGCAGGCCCGCUGGUCCUUCCUCCAGAGAUUCUGACUCAUGCACUUUCAAUUGGAACUCAGGAUCUGCAUUUUGACACAAGUUCUCCAGGAGAUUUGGUUGUGCUGUUCCACAGACCACAUUUUGAGAAGCACUCAUUUGGGAGAGGUAUUUUUGGCCUCAAUGACUCCUUCAUUUACGACAGUUUUACAGUCAGUUUGGCCCCCUGAUCAAUGUAGUUGAUCACUCAGAACUCAGUAUGAAGUUCCUGUGCAGAAAGAGGCUGACUCAAGCUAUCCCUACAGUGAUUGAGGUACUUUUCCCAGGAAGGCUGUUAGGAUUUAAAUUAUAUAUAAAUGAAAAAGGUGCUGCAUUAUUUUUAUAUGAAUUGCUUUGUGGCUUUUUUUUUUUUUUUCUUUUUUGUGGUACUGGGGAUGGAACUCAGGGCCCUGUGCAUGCUAAGCACAUUCUCUACCACUGAGUUGCACCCCCAGCUCUACUCUGUGUUUUUUAUAAGCAGCGUUUAUGUAUUAACAAUCCCAUUUAUUAGAUUUCGUAGGGCACACAGUAUAGACAACUCAAGGUUAUUUUUUUAAGUUGGACUCUUUUUUUUGCUGUUUCGACCAUUUCCAUGGAAUUGUUUCUUAAUCUAGUAUACGUUCCCUGCUUUGAAAAACAGAAGCAUUGAAGAGAAUGAAAUGUUUUCAGGUCCUCAUUUGUGUUUUUAAUUAUGACAUGCUCUGUCUAGGUUUAUUAGAGUCCUACACUGAAUAGCCCCAGAUGUAUUUGCUCUUUGAGUUCCAUGGUGGUUUUAAGAGUUUUUCUUUCCCCUCACUGUUAGCUGUCAUUUCUCUCUGCUAUUUUGGUGUCUGCCUCUGGAAGCUUCCACUAUUUGCUAUGGGGUUGGGAAAUCAUGUAACUGCAUCCUCUACCUCAUGACGUGAACAGCAGCUGAAUGAGGCUUUUUGAACGUUAAAAUGGGUGAACUUUGCUACAUUGACUUGUGACAUUAUUCGUGGCUCGGCUCCCUCCUUCCAACUUAUUUUCUGAUCUUCAACUGCGGUUGUCAGAUCUGCGACCUCAAGAUAAGCAAGACGUUGGUAGAAAUCAUUUCUCCUGAUGGAUGAACCAUUGCUUUUCUCAAUUGUGUUAAUUUUUUCUAUAUAUCGUCCUAUCAUGUGAAAUGUAGUGGAUUAAAAUUCAAAUGAAAAUUUCUCAGGCCCGGUUUUUAUAUAGGAUAAAAUAUUUUAUAUUCAGUAUUACUGUGAUUUAGAUCUAUAAAUCAGUUGCGUGCUUAAGAAAUUCUGUCCUGCAGUCUUUCUGAAAUAAAGGUGUUACAACCAA